GAUAAAUCAUUUGGGGAAGUCAAAGACUCAAAGCAAUGACAGCAAAAGAUUCGUCAGCAGCAGUAACUGCACUUAGAGGUCAAUUCAACAAAAUAGAUGUUGUAAUCACCGAUUACCAUAUGCCUGGUUUGAAAUUGAAUGGUGUUCAGCUAAAACAGAGAAUUGCUGAAGAAUUUGGGAAUUUACCAGUUAUUGGUAUGUUCGUUUUUUUCCACUUAUUUGCUAAAUUACUUAUUCUUCUUUACCUUUUAAAAAAUUAAUUCAAAACAUCAUACUAGGUAAAAGAAAAUUUUCUAUAUAACAGGAUAAGUGAUGGGUGGUGACAGUUAAACAGGAUAACUAUUGGUCAUCGUUAUUUUUUUAAUUAAUAUUAUAAAAAAGGAGAGUAAUGAGUGUUGACACAGAAAUCGAGUAAAUUUUUCUUGUAAUUAAUUUUAAAUAUUUAUUAUUAAAGCGUAUUAGUUAAAAAUGACCUGUCUUUUUAAAAUAUUAGCAAAUAUUUGCCUAGCACAAAAAAUGAGAAUUCGUUUUUUUCCUAUACAAAGUUGUUCUGCUAUAAUAAAACGGGUAAUACCUUAAAAGGAAUAAAAAUUUCUCAUUUUAUUUUCUGUUUUUAGAUGAUAAUUAAAAAGUACAGCUAAGCAGUUGUUACUCUAGAGUAUAAUUGUCACUCACAUAGAUAAAAUGAGAUAAGAAAAGAUUAGCGGAGAAAACUUGAGUACUCAAGCAAGAAGAAUCUGAGGUCAGUGUCGUAGAAGAAAAAAACACUAGAAACAUAAAAACGAAAGAUUUCUUAAUGCAAUGUUAUUCUAAGAUUCUUAGAUGAUGCUAACGAUGGUUUCAUUUCGAUUUGUUUUAUGUUUGUUUUGAAUGAUUGUAACAGUGAUAUCAGCAGAUUUGGACAGGAACAUAGAGCACGCGAGGCGUUGUCCUGCGGAGCUCUUUGUUUCAUGCGUCAACCAAUCUCACAUCGUGACCUCAACGUUGUAUGUGAACAAGCUCUCCGCCAUAAAAUGAACGGAGAAACCGAUCCAAAUGGUUCGAAACAAAAUGGGAAGAGACCAUCAACCAACGAUUCAGAUGAUGGAAAACAUUGGCUACGGCUUCGAGAGAAGCCUAAGCUCAAAUGGACAAAACCUCUUCAGUCUAGAUUCAUGAGAGCCCUUAAAAACCUUGGUGUUGCUAAAGCUGUGCCCAAAACUAUUCUACAAUACAUGAAUGUGGAUGGCAUAUCAAGAUCACAAAUAGCCAGCCAUUUACAGAAGUAUAGGAAACACAUGAGAAAGGUUAAGGAAAGAGCCAAAGAAGUCAACAUGGCAAAAAAAGCUAUGAAAUCCAACGUUGCAUCAUCUAGCAACAUCAACCCACAACUUUCGUAUAAGUACGUCAGAGGUCUAAGCAAGGAAAAUUUGUUUAAGGCCCAACUUGGUGAUGGUCCUGGUCAACCUAGCAUCCUUUUGAACAACAAUGACUCUAUCUACUCCAUGCACGAUGGACCCACCUAUGAUUUGAGCCAAAACGGAUCUAACUUGUUGCCUAUGGGAGAAAGCCUCGGAUUUUCGAGGGGCGUGUUGCCUUUAAAUGAGGAAAGCAGAAGCGUGUUGCCUUUAAAUGAGGAAUGGAGAAGCGUUUUUGGAACAUCUCAAAUGUCUCAAGUUCCUUCAUUUGGACAAUAUGGUACACCAAGCGAUAUUUCGGGUAUGAACUCUAAUCUUGAUACUGGUUAUACGCGUAAUAGUUACGCUGGGAUAAGUAUAGAUAAAUAUGGUCAUCUGUCUGGACUUGGUGGAGAAAGAGUUAGUGGUAAUGACAAUGGAUAUCUUGGUGAAAGUCUGGACGCCAUGAACUGGAAUCUCUAUAACAACAAUGUGAGGAACCAUGGGAGUUCAACUUCGAGGUUCUUACACAACAAGGUUCAACCACAUCACAAUUUCACUGCACAAACGGAUGAUCUGCUACCUAGAAGCAUCUUUGAUACAUCUCAAGCGCCUCAAGUUCCUUCAUUUGGACAGUAUGGUAUAACAAAUGAUGUUAUCGGUAUGAACCCUGGUUUUGGUACUGGUUAUAUGCAUAAUAACUACACUGGUAUCAAUACUGAUCAAAUUGGAAAUCUGGGUGGACUUGGUGGAGCAAGAGUUUAUGGUGAUGGUAAUGUCUCUCUUGGUCAAAAUUCGGGUACCAUAAACUGGAAUUUCGAUGAAAACAACAUGAGUAAUUAUGGAAGUUCAAAUUCGAGGUUUUCUUCUCCAUUAUCAUUGUUCAAUGAAGAGCAGUCACUGAGUCAUUUAAAUGCGCAAACGGAUGAGUUGGUUCCUGUACUAGAGAAUCUAAGCUUGUACAAUGAUCAUCAGAGCAUCAACCCAUUUUCUGGCAAUUCCAAUUUUCUUCAAUAUCAGCAUCAAGGUCAAGUGAGUGAUACAAAUUUUCAAUUUGCCAACCAUGAUCAACUGGAAAAAAAUGCAAUGCUUGCUGCUUGUUCUACUGAGGACAUUAAUAAUUUGAGCAUUAAUAACGUGAAGGAAAGCUCUAAUGAGGAAACAUUGAAUUCUAUUGCUGCUAAUUUGGAAAUGCUUUUUCCUACUCAUGACAUGAACAUUAUAAAUCAGCAUCAAGGUCAAGUGUUGAGUGGUGAAAAUCGUGAAUUUGCCAAUGAUAAUCAACUUAAUAGGAAUUCAAUUCUUGCUACUCAUUCUCUUGAGGAUAUUAAUUAUUUGUGCAUUAAUAACGUGAACAACUAUUCGGAAAAAACAUUAAACUCUUUUGCUGCUAAUUCAGAAAUGAAUUUUCCUGCUCUCGACGUGAACACUAUGAAUCAGGAAGAACAAUGUGAUGCAAAUUUGACGGAUGUUUUACUUACAUUUGAUGAGGAGGAACAAGGUCUUGCGGCUUUGACUGAUGUUCCAUUGCCAUUUGAUCAGAAGGAACAAGGAGUUGCGGAUUUGACGGAUGUUCCAUUGGCAUUUAAUCAGGUGAACAACUUUUCGGAAAAAAUAUUAAACUCUUUUGCUGCUAAUUCAGAAUUGAAUUUUCCUGCUUCCGACGUGAACACUAUGAAUCAGGAGGAACAAGGUGAUGCAAAUUUGACGGAUGUUUUACUUACAUUUGAUGAGGAGGAACAAGGUCUUGCGGCUUUGACUGAUGUUCCAUUGCCAUUUGAUCAGAAGGAACAAGGAGUUGCGGAUUUGACGGAUGUUCCAUUGGCAUUUAAUCAGGUGAACAACUCUUCGGAAAAAACAUUGAACUCUUUUGCUGCUAAUUCAGAAAUGAAUUUUCCUGCUUCCGACGUGAACACUAUGAAUCAGGAGGAACAAGGUGAUGCAAAUUUGACGGAUGUUUUACUUACAUUUGAUGAGGAGGAACAAGGUCUUGCGGCUUUGACUGAUGUUCCAUUGCCAUUUGAUCAGAAGGAACAAGGUGUUGCGGAUUUGACGGAUGUUCCAUUGGCAUUUGAUCAGGAGUGGAAGGAUGAUGACCUCAUGAACUUUAUGCUCGAUCUUGAUGACAUGUUCUGAAAAAUUCUCCCAAUUUCGCUUUUAAAAGUAUUUGAUUAAUAUUUGAUAACUUUGGUAUGUUGUUGUUUAAGAUUUUAUUUAAAAUUGGAUAUUGUUUUGGUUUAAGAUUAUGUUUAAAUUUUGGAUGUUGUUUUAGUCGUCAUGACUCAUAUUUAAUUUGGAUGAUAUUUUAUGAAUUUUGUAGAUUUUAUAUAUCAUUGAUGAGUGAUUGUAGUUGGAGAUAUAUGUUUGGAACCGUAUAACGGAAUUUUAGUUUUAUAUUUGAUAUAAAUGCUAUUUUUUGGACAAAAAAUGAUAUAAAAUGCUAUGAUGUAUCUUCGAAGCAUUUGUUAAUGUUAAAUCUUUGGUCUACGAAUCAAAGCAUUCAUAAAUAUGAGCACUUUUCAUUUUCCUAUAUUCAAGGAGGUUUACAACGACUGCUUAGAAGUUUAUGGUUUGUUUUUGUUUUGUCAUGGAU